UUGUCUGAACUUUGGCUGGUUUUAGACUCCAAAGCUUCAAACUGACUCAGUGUGCAUGAAUGUGAACUCAGAGAGUAGCCGGCUCUCAGCUCUGGGUUUAAAGUCUUGGGCCUCGUGAACAUCAGCUGGUCUCAGAGUUGUAGUGACGAGGAUGUCCAUCAGGAUAUUCCUGCUCUCUAAUCCUGCUCACAGCUGCUGCCAGUCAAACAUCUGGAUGCACGCUGCUGUAGAUUCUGCUCCUGGUUGGCUUACAUCACGUCUGUGUUUUAAUCAUCAUUUCACAAGAGGACGGAGUCUGAGCUGAUGGUUUGAGUCCGCAGGUCAAAGGUAGUGAUGGACUCACAGUAAGCAGGAAGACUGCACUGCUGUGGUCGAGGCGUUCAGGGGAACCGGAGCAAGCAGGAAAACGAUCGGCUCUGCUGCUUCUGUUGUUCUGAUGAAUCAUCGCUGUCACAUGACGGACUCCAAACACUCGACUGAAGAAGAAGAAAAGUUUAAACAGAGAGACUGGGCUUAUUCACAUUUUGUACUUUAAACAAGCAGAGACUGAAAGUAAACAUUAAUUCAAACAUGGUGAGAGCAGCGGGGUCAGGAAUGCCGUGACCUCUGCGUGGACAUGUUACUUUUCCUGUGGCAGGCUUGAUUUAAUCCAACAGUCCAGAUGGGAUAACAGCACGGAGAGAGUCUGCAUUAAAGCUUGAUAAUCUCUGUGGUGGACAGAGAAGGUGGAGGUCAGAGCUCUUCUGACCAAUCACAGCUUUGCUCAGACAUCAGCUGCUUAUAGCAGAAGUACCGAAAUAUUAAUGAUUACCCCAGUGAGGGCGCAGAGUCUGCAGACAGCGGCAUCAGGGACGCAGACGGCCUGCCGGUUCCUCAGCAGAUCCGGAUCACCAACAUCACCUGCGAUUCAUUCAAGAUCAGCUGGGACAUGGACAGCAGGGGCCGAGACAGGAUCACACACUACUUCAUCGACCUCAACAAGAAGGAGAACAUGAGCUCCAACAAGUUCAAACACAAGGAUGUGCCCACCAAGCUGGUGGCCAAAGCGGUUCCUCUGCCAAUGACAGUGAGGGGCCACUGGUUCCUGAGUCCUCGCACAGAGUACACCGUGGCCGUUCAGACGGCCGCCAAACAGCCAGACGGAGAAUACGCCAUUUCUCGGUGGAGCGAGAUCACUGAGUUCUGCACUGCAGAUUACUCCUCCAUCCACCUGAACCAGCUGCUGCAGAAAGCAGAGGCGAUCGCUGGCAGGAUGCUACCGUUCACCGUCUUCUACAGAAACCAGCAGAGGGAGUACUUCCAACAAGACAGAGAUGCUCAGUCCUGCUUCUUGCUGCCAACGGUGAAAGACAACAGCGGCAGCCACGGGUCCCCCAUCAGCGGCAAACUGGAGGGGAUCUUCUUCAGCUGCAACACAGAGUUCAACACAGGAAAACCUCCCCAGGACUCCCCCUACGGGCCGUAUCGCUUCCAGAUCCGAGCAGAUGUCCUUUUCAACAAGACCACCAACAUGUACUUUGGGGAUUUCUACUGCAUGUACACGUCGUAUCACUACGUGAUCCUGGUCCUCGCUCCCGACGGCUCUAAAGGAGACGCUUUCUGUAAAGGGAGGCUGCCAGCCCUGGACAGGUCCGGUAACCGCUUCUUGACCUACACCGAGGAGGAGGACGGCUCGUUGUCUUUCCGUCACGCUCAGGAUGUCAACCUGGAGGUGAUGUACACAGAGCCAGUGGAUCUGAGGCUGGGAGCGGUGUCACAGAUCAGCGGGCACCAGCUAAUGAGCCUGUCCACCGCGAAUGCCAAGAAAGACCCCAGCUGCAAGGUCUGCAACAUCAGCGUAGGACGUUAGCGACUCUUCAGACUGAAAAUAACCAGCUCGUUUGCAUAGCAGCUAGCAGCUAAGCUACUAACUGAAUUCACCAGCCACGCUCUGGCUCGUUACUGUCCAUCGUGCAUCGCCUGUGCAGCAGCACACUACGAGCAACAUUUGCUGUUUAUUGUGACAGUGCCCUCUAGUGGCCAUAUCAUUAUGACGGAAGGAAAACCGAGGCGGGUAAAGAAGCUGCAGAGCCAGAAGUUGAGAGGAGAGAUGAGCUCAGGGUGGAUGGAUGGGUGGAGAGGAGGAGCGAGCUGUUUGUUUUUUAGCUGCAGCUUUAAAAUUGUAAUCAAAAUGGAAACGAUAUCAGAGCAUUAACAAAGUACUUGCUUUAACUCAAACCUAAUCGAGUUGGCGUUCCUCACUGCAUGGAUGACUGCACUUAUCACAGUCGGCUGAAGCAGAGACUCUGAUGUGGCUGAAACCAGAUGCAUCCUCACUCAUGUUUCCUCUCCUUCUUUAUGUCCUCAUCACCUUCACGUGUUUUCUGUCCACCGUCUCUGACAGGAAGCUGCAGGCAGGAAGCUCGCAGCACUUCUAUCAUGUGACUGAUGGCUGAAGUGGACUUUACAGAUUAACUGCUUCAGAGGUUUUAUACUUUUGUAAUCUGAUGAAGCUCUUUCCUGCAAUUAAUUCAUUUUUUAACUGAAUGCUUUAGAUUCCUGUUUUCCUCGUUUGGAGACCCCCAACAUCACCAACCUUAAUCUACUAAUUAAAAAUAUUGGAACUACA